CACAGGGGCUUGCCGGCUCAGGCUCAGCAGUCGCUACCACUGCAGCUUGUUCCUUACCAUAAGCGCACGCGCAGUACGGCGAGGCUUCUCCGGGCUUGGCGGUGGCGGCGACUGCUGCUGUUUUGCCGUACUGAGAUAGAGCUUAAUGAUCUUCUCUAGAGAAUACAUUUGGAAGGCACUCUUACCUCACAAGUCCGACCUUCUGGAAUCAGUCAUCUUAGAAGCUCACUAUUUAUCAUCCAGAAAAGUCUAACGAGCAGAAAUACAAAUGUCUACCACAAGACUAAAGUGUGAUGUGUUAUGUUCUUUACCAUAAGCACCCAUAAAAUGAGCUCCAUUGCAGACAGAGAUGAUGGUAGCAUUUUUGAUGGUCUCGUGGAAGAAGAUGACAAGGAUAAAGCAAAGAGAGUAUCAAGAAACAAGUCUGAAAAGAAGCGCAGAGAUCAGUUUAAUGUGCUCAUCAAAGAGCUGGGAUCCAUGCUUCCGGGCAAUGCUCGAAAGAUGGACAAAUCCACUGUACUGCAGAAGAGCAUUGACUUUUUGCGGAAACACAAAGAAAUCACUGCCCAGUCAGAUGCCAGUGAAAUCCGACAGGACUGGAAACCCACAUUCCUUAGUAAUGAAGAAUUCACUCAGUUAAUGUUAGAGGCUCUUGAUGGUUUUUUUCUAGCAAUCAUGACAGAUGGAAGUAUAAUAUAUGUAUCAGAAAGUGUAACCCCAUUACUUGAACAUUUGCCAUCUGACCUUGUGGAUCAGAGUAUAUUUAAUUUUGUCCCAGAGGGGGAACAUUCAGAGGUUUAUAAAAUACUAUCCACUCAUCUGUUGGAAAGUGAUUCAUUGACCCCAGAAUAUUUAAAAUCAAAAAAUCAGCUAGAGUUCUGCUGCCAUAUGCUCCGAGGGACAAUAGACCCCAAAGAGCCACCUACAUAUGAAUAUGUAAAAUGUAUAGGAAACUUCAAGUCAUUGAGUAACAUGCCUAACUCUGCCCAUAAUGGUUAUGAAGAAACCAUCCAGCGGUCUCAUAGGCCUUCCUAUGAAGACAGAGUUUGCUUUGUAGCUACAGUUAGGCUAGCUACACCUCAGUUUAUCAAGGAAAUGAGCACUGUUGAAGAACCCAAUGAAGAGUUCACCUCUAGGCAUAGCUUAGAAUGGAAGUUCCUUUUCUUGGAUCACAGGGCACCGCCAAUAAUAGGUUAUUUACCAUUUGAAGUGUUGGGGACAUCAGGCUAUGAUUAUUAUCACGUGGAUGACCUAGAAAAUCUGGCAAAAUGUCAUGAACACUUAAUGCAGUAUGGAAAAGGGAAGUCCUGCUAUUACAGAUUCCUCACAAAGGGGCAACAGUGGAUUUGGUUGCAGACUCAUUACUAUAUCACUUACCAUCAGUGGAAUUCUAGACCAGAGUUCAUCGUAUGUACGCAUACAGUAGUAAGUUACGCAGAAGUUCGAGCAGAAAGACGGCGUGAACUUGGUAUUGAAGAGUCUCUGCCAGAGAUAGCAGCAGAUAAAAGUCAGGACUCUAGUUCUGACAAUCAUAUAAAUACAGUAAGUCUCAAGGAAGCAUUGGAGAGAUUUGAAAACAGCCCCACACCCUCUGCCUCCUCCAGGAGUUCAAGGAAAUCUUCUCAUACUGCAGUCUCAGACCCUUCAUCAACACCAACAAAGAUGACAAUGGAUACUAGCACUCCUCCAAGGCAAAAUUUAUCCACUCAUGAAAAGUCUGCACAAAGGAGGGCUUCACUUGGUAGUCAGUCUUUAAAUUCUCCAUCUAUUGGACAACCAUUAGCGCAACCAAUGAUGUCCCAGCCUGCAACUUUACAGAUUCAGCAAGGCAUGUCUCAGCCUAUGCUACAGUUUUCAGCUCAGCUAGGAGCUAUGCAGCACUUAAAGGACCAAUUGGAGCAAAGAACGCGAAUGAUAGAAGCAAACAUUCAUCGCCAACAAGAAGAGCUGCGUAAGAUUCAGGAACAGCUCCAAAUGGUCCAUGGACAAGGGCUCCAGAUGUUCCUGCAGCAGUCAACUCCUGGUUUAAACUUUGGUUCUGUGCAGCUGACCUCUGGAAACCCAUCAAAUAUUCAACAGAUUACGCCAAUAAAUAUGCAAGGUCAAGUUGUUCAAACUAAUCAGAUCCAAGGUGGCAUGAGCACAGGGCAUAUUGGUACUCAGCACAUGAUACAACAACAGCCUCUACAAAGUAAUACAGCACAGCAUAGUCAACAAAGCAUUAUCGGUGGGCACAGUCAACAGACUUCUCUUGCUACUCAGUCUCAGAACACACUGUCAGCCCCGUUGUAUAACACUAUGGUGAUUUCCCAGCCGGCUGCAGGAAAUGUGGUUCAGAUUCCUUCUACUUUACAACAAAGUAACAACCAGAAUGCUGCCAUUACCACAUUUUCCCAGGAUAGACAAAUCAGAUUUCCUCAGGGUCAGCAGCUUGUAACAAAAUUAGUUACUGCCCCUGUGGCUUGUGGAGCAGUAAUGGUACCGAGUACUAUGUUCAUGGGACAGGUGGUGACUGCCUAUCCCACUUUUGCUGCACAACAGCAGCAGCCACAGACAUUGUCAAUAACACAGCAGCAGCAGAGCCAGCAAGAGCAGCAGCAGCAGCAACAACAACAACAACAACAACAACAACAACAGCAGCAGCAGCAGCUUGCUGCUGUUCAGCAACCAACUCAGACUCAGCUGACUCAGCACCCACAACAGUUCUUGCAGACAUCCAGGUUGCUUCAUGGAAAUCAGUCAACUCAGCUUAUUCUUUCUGCUGCUUUCCCACUACAACAAAGCACUUUUACCCAGUCACACCAGCAGCAGCAUCAAUCCCAACAGCAGCAGCAGCAGCAGAUUUCACGACACAGAACUGACAGCAUGACAGAGUCCUCCAAAGUUCAGCAACAGUAGCGUAGAGGCUCUGCUUCCAGGAGCAAACCAGCGGGAGAGGCUGCUUCGUUAAUAAUUGCACUGGCGACAGAGAUAGAAGCCUACAGACUUUGCAGAGUGCAGUUUUGAAUAUCCUUCUAACCGCUUGGAAUGUGUCUGCUGAGGAAUAGAGUGCAAAAUGCUGUUGGAGGUACAAUAGGUAUAAAUGCACAAAAGGCUGAUGGGGACGGGUAGAUCCCUUUGCCAGGGACCUAGUUGCUUUGGUUUUGUAUUUUGCUUUUCCUUCAAAGGCAUGUACUGCCAUGUGUUAACUUGUCCAGAUCAAGUCUCAAAAUGUUCAGUGGACUAAAUAGGGCACUUAAAUAUCUUGAUGUUUUUAGCAGUUCUCUCAGAUUAAGUGUUACAAUGGACAUGCUGUUGCUACAGCAGGGUUUUUUUUUAAGUAUGCCUGCAAUUAUGCUCCAAAUGAAAGUUAAUUUUUUCAUAUUAUGGGACAGUAAAUAUUUUCAGAAUAUUGUGUGGAAUCAAUCUUCAUUGUACAGAUUCUGUAAAAUACUGUGUAUAUUGUCUGGAUAAAAGGCGAGAGAGCAGAAUAUUUUAUAUGAUGCAUGAAACUGUUGGUUUGAAUAUGUUUUCCCCUAAAUUUUCACACAAUGCUCAGAUUGUUGUUUUCAUCUGUUUAUACCCGUUUGUCUUCUUCAACAUGCUUCAUCACCUGUAAUGUGGGCACAAGUCUCCUGUUUGUGGUUUAUAUGUGAUGUCAUGGUUUGUUCAAUGAGGUAAUAUGGUGUGCUGGUUUGUGGAGUUAUCGCGGUUAAAUUAUUGAUGAAACUUUUUGAACUGUGGGAGUUCAAGACAUUCAAUUUCAUAAAUAUCAUUUGUCAUUUCAUAAAUACUCAAAUUUUUUUCUUUGGAAAAAAAUAGGAAUUUGCACUGCUCUAUUGAGGAUGGUUUGGAAUUUUACUUCCCCAAAGCUAUCUUUUGAUAUAAUACAUAGUUGGAAAUAUUUAUGUAAAAAAAUAAGGUUUAAAAAUAUUGAAGUAAUUUUCAAGAAUGUCUCAAAUAUAGGAGUAAUUUGCACAAUAAUAUAUUUCAAUUUAAUAAUUGUAGGCACUUUUUAACUUUCUCUCUGGUGAGAAACAUAACCUCGGAAUUUGUUGGAAUCUUUUUAUUCUCCUUUGAAAAUUUUGACCUUCAUUUAAUCAGAAAUGAUUCAGGGUCAUUUGAAAGAAAACAAAAAACCCCGUAGUGCCUUGAUUUUGAUUCAGGUGAUAGCAUUAAUCAUCUCUAAUCACAUUAUAUUGAAUUUCUGACCGUUUAUGAAGUCUUAGUACAUUGUUAACAAAAUAUGCUUCUUAGCUAUAUCUCUAUUUGUAUAUACAUAUUUUGGGAAUGAUGCAAAUUAAGAAUUGUAAGUAUUUUGAAAGUUUGGCACUUUCCUUCUUGACCAUUAACUGUGUGGAUAUGCAUAACAUAAUGACUUAAGUAUUCAUCUAAUAAGAUAUUCAGUUCUUCUACAUGAUACGAAAACAGAAGUGAGUAAUUAACAUAAUCACUUAAUAAUGCCAUUCAAAUUCAAAUUUACUGAAAUUUUAAUGGAAAAUAUAAGUAUGUGAUAAUCAAAUCUGCAACUUCUAAAAGGGAUACUUUUGCACUGAGACUUCAAAUGGUCAGUUUACUUCAUAAAGAUAAUAAAAAGAUCCAACAGAAAUUCUGUACAGUUUUAGAAAAUAAACAUGGAGUAGAUUUUAUGGUACUAGUUUUAAAACUACAUCAGUAGAGAAAACAAGUUUUAAUAGAAAGAUAGAUUGGGUAGUUAAAAAAAAAGAAUCUAAUUGUGAGGAAAGGAAUGUCCAAGUCGAAGAAGGUGGAGCUUUAUUAAUGUAACCAAAGUCUGGUAAGAAUGUAGUGCUGGUUGAACAAAGCCUGCAAUAAUAACAACACCAUGGUAGCAAAAGAUAGUAAUUUUUGAGGAAAACUUUUAGUCCUCUUCAUUGCCAUAUUCUUGCAUGAUUUCUGUCCCCCACCCCUCCAACACACACACACACACCACAGCCAAUAGUCUAAUAGCAGAACCAUAAUGAAAAGAGAUACACUGUCAAGAAAUAAAGAACCAAAGUGUUGGGCUGGUUUCUGCUCCUUCUUGGCAAGGACUGGAAAACCCGUAGGUGACGUAUCUAGGGAACCUCGUAGCUGCAUUCUUUAAAGGGAGUUUGUGGUAUCCCCUAAAUUAGUCUAAAUGUGGAAGAAGCACAUAUUUUGAGGAAAUUGCUGCAUUAAUUUAAUUGCAGGUAACUUUGUCAUGCUAUACCAUUCUGCUUGUAAUCCCAAAUUAGUCUGUGUCAAACAAAGGUCAGUACUUUAAUUACAUUAUUUUAGAGAAUAGAUAUCCUCUUGAGCUUUAAGCUAACAUAUAGCACUAAAGAGAAUUGGGAGAGCUUUAAUAGUACUCAUUAAAUGGUAAGGUAUUCGAAACGGGGAAUGCAGAGCAGAGUUAGCGGACAGCUGACUUUGAUUUGGUAUCAACCUCCUUUUGGCUAUUCCUUGAGUAAAAAUACAACUAAUGGUUGCUGUGAUAUUUUAUAAUGUCACUUCAAGGAGCUUGCUAUGAAAGGUAGAUAAUGGAGAAGUGAGAAAGUGAAAAAUAAUUGCCAAGCUUUAGAAAAAACAUUUCAGUCACAUCUCAGGCAACCUUAAUUGAAAGAGGCCAGAAGCAAAACCCUUGAUGGUAGAAGUUACAUUGGCAUUGCUUUUCUCUUUCCCCACUCUCUAGUGUUGCUGAUUACUAAGAAAUGGUACAGUGGUACACUUAAGAGGACCUACUGCUUCUGUUGGAUAUCAGAAUUAUGGUAGUUUCUAAAGAUAAUUCAGCUAUUUCUGCAAGGCUGUAGUCUUAUUCUAGUAGUUGUUAUAGGAGUGAAUGCGCUGCCAUCUGGAAUUUAAUGUGGCCAAAUGUCCCUACGUGGGGAAGAAGGGUGGGCUUGGUUGAUUUAUGAGUGAAUGUUAUGGUAAUGCACUAGUGCUAAAGCAACAACAAAACCAGCAGGAGGUAUGAGAAAGUGCUGCUGAGGAACAUGGUUUAGAUUUGCUUAAAUCUGGGGGAAGGGAAGAAGAUUCAGAGAUGAACCCCUGGGAAAGUUAGAGGGAAUUGUAAAAAUAUUUUUAUAUUAUAUUUAAUAUAUUAUAUUAUAUAUACACAUACUAUAUUUGUACACAUAUUAAAAGAUUAUAGUCAGAGCUCUCCAUAUGCCUUCCAUUAUUUUUAAUCUAGAAGUUUACUUGCUGGUGCUAUGGCUCCAGUGUGUCACAACCUUCUGUAGACUGCUUGCCGGCUGCCAACCGACAACAACAAUUACCUAACAUCCAUACACCAAGUACAAAGCUGUUGGUCCUAAUUCAGCUAGAUACCUAAAGGACGUGUCUGAUCUAAUUACUAAUAGGUAGGGUAACCCUAUUUUGGGCAGGAUAGGAAAUGCUACUUUAAAUGUACAAUGGAAAAAGGAAUCUGCUUUAUCCCACCAGUCUUUGCACUAGCCUUUUGCACUGGCCAAGAGAGAAGCCCCAAAGAAUAUAUGUCAUUGGACCUUGAAAGACUGGCAAGUCAAAGCUGUUUAUGUCUCUGAAGUGCCAUGCUUGUGUUCCUCCAUGGCGGUCACCCUCCUGUUGUAUCUAAUUAGGUUAGAAGAAAAGAUGUGUGCAAAUGUAAGCACUUUAUUGCGGGGGGGGGACGGGACUCAUUUGGAAUACACUUUACUAUUUUCUUUCUUUUUUUAGGCAAUGGACCUGUUCACAAAGGGCAGGAUGGGAGGGAGCAAAGGAUUUGGAAUGUAGACUAUAGUCAAAAAGAGGCAUUGCUGGAAAAUGUUUCUCAAUAUGGUGAUCCUUUGUGACCCUAAACGCAAUGUUAAGCAGGCACCUAAUAUUGUUUGGCUUUGUAGGAAAUCGAUAAAUCUACACACCUAUGCUUUUUUUUUGUUAGAGCUGAUUUUUAAAAAUGUUGCACAAUUGUCAGAGAUAUCAACAGGAGGCUUAAGAGCCUUUUAAAUAAUUCUAAGUGGUCCUUAGGAUUAAAAUGUGUAGAGGGUUUACAGAUGUGGCCUUUAGUAGACUGCUUCAGUCACGACUAUAGUUUGUAUUAUUAUUAUUUAGCAAACACCCAUUUUGUUGUGUGUGUGGUGUUUUUGUUUGCUUUUGUUUUUAAUGUGUCAUUUGGCGUCAGCAUGUGUGUCAAACUCAAAUUGUCUCCACUGGAAAUUUAUUGCUGAAAUAUGGUAUGUGAUGGGAAGAGACGUCUGGAGGUGAGAUUUGAUUUAAAAGGGAGGAAAAGGGGUUUUUUUUUUCCUUCUCUGUCCCCUAGUGAAAAGAAAUGGGAGACAUUUUUGAAUGAACUGAGGUGUAUACAAUUGUCUGAAGUUGAAUGUUGAACAGCUCACAGUGAAUGAGAAGCUUUGAGAGAAACGUAAAGAUUUAAUUUGGUUGUUUAUGAAACUGGGUAGUUUGUCAAUAUAUAUUUUUUUAACACUACAUUCCUGUCUUUUAAUAAACAAGUACUUUACAGUUUGUGUUGCUAUGCUUCAUGCUUUUUCAUCCGCAUGGGUGUUGCCAGCAGCAUGAGAGGCUAUAUUACUCCAAGAUAUUGUACCUACCAGUAACACAAAGAUGCAAAAUGAAACACUGUGUAUGAACAAAAUACUGUGUUGCCUGAUAUACAGAUCCCAGCUCUGACCGAGAGGUGCUGCACUAGUAGACAAUCAAAAUUUAUGGAAGACUUUGGCGGGGGGGGGGGGGGAGGGGUAUAUUCUUAAAAGAUACAGCUGCUUUGAAAGUGUUUUUUUAUUCUUAAAGGUAAAAGUAUUUAUUUUUAAAAUUGUCUAACUGGAUACUUUUCAGUGUUGAUUUCACAUUGUCUUGGUUUUGCAUUUUUAAAAUUUGGCAUUAGAUUUGUAUAUGUAGAAAACCUGUGCGAAUUUCAUGAUCUGACAUCAGGAAACUGUAGAUAUGGUUCCCUAGUAUUCAUGUGACCAUUACCAAGUGUCAGUUUUUAACUGAAUAAAUAUAACAUUUGAAA